AUGAAUGAAAAUACAGAUAAAAAUGUACUUUUUGACAGUAUUUUUAUUGAAACCCAUUCCGAAUUAACUACUUUAAAUGAUGAGUUUAAUGAGUUAUAUAAACAUUAUAAUACAAAUGAAAACGGUGAUGAAUUAGUAAAUGAAGAAGAGUUUUUUAUUGAAAAUCGGACAAGUAAUGAUAACAUAAUCGAACAAGUUGAUAGUUUUGA